AGCAACGCCGGCGGUGGUGGCGGUGGUCGCGGUGGUGGCAGCGAGCAGCGGACUCGGGCGAAAGGGAAAAUGCUCGGGCGAACACUUUUUUUUCUCCCCCAUUUACACCCAGGUUUUUUGACACGGCCGUCGUCGGCUCGAUCGACUUCCAUUUGUCUCCGAGCAUUCCGCCGACUAGGGUCCGAAACCCGCGCUCCGCACACCCGGCGACCAAAUCGAGUUUGAAUCGCGAAGAUGCGCGUCGCCCGCGCUCAUCAUCUCUAAUAAUCCCGCGAGUUCAACGUGGAAAAAGAAAACUCUCGAUAAUUUCAUCGCAUCGCAUGAUAAUACGCCCAGUGUGUCACACCUCCAAGAAACAUUGCCGAGGCCGCUCGCAAGUUCGACUCCGAAGCGUCGUGAUCAUCAGUGAUUUGAAUCUGUGCGCGUCGCAAGCCCACCCAGAAGCGUCCAGGACGAAUCCGUGCGCACCGGUGAACUGAAAUGAAACAUUGGAUUAGGCUCGCCUAAGAAGUUGCAAGAAUGCCGCGGAGAUUUUCGUGGUGCACGGUGGUGGCAUUGGUGGUGCUGCUCUUCGUCGCGACCGAAGGUCUUCGAGAGCGUAGUACUCAGGUCGACGAUCAAAAAACGCUUACCAGUAGGGAUCGUGGGGCUCUGAGGUUCAACACCAAGUCUCCGGAGGAGGCGACGACCAGCCUGCCGUUCGCGAGAUCGAAAUCGCCACGGGACAGGACACCGCAGCUGAAGAAACCUCCUAGCAACGACAGACGCGACGAUGGAACGACCAGCUACACCGAGGCGAAGUUCGAGUCCAGCAAACGCUCGAACUUCCGAACCACGAAAACGACCGAGAAGAACGUCACCAGCGACGCGACGAACAGCUCGAGAAGGACUUUCGGCAAGAACAUCGACGAGAUCAAGAAGGGAGAGCCGACGAUCAACAGGAGGAACGGGAAGCGAUACUCGACCGAGAGCAACGAAGGGGGCAGAGCGAAGGACGAGCAGGGCGUCACGACGGACAUCCCGAGGGAGAUAUCUAGGAGACCGUCUUCGAGACCGGCAGCUCGCUACGAGGUCACGGAGAGGCUGAUAGACACCAGUGGUCCGUCGGUUUUCACGGCCACCACGGACUCGUCGAGGUCCAGGACGGGCAGGAAGAUCCAGACGACGUUCGGGUCGAGAGACUCGAAGACGCAGAUACCGGCGUCCAGGAGGUUCACGAAUCGGAACGCGCAGAGCUUCGAGACCAGCACGGUCUCGUUGCGAAGAUCGACGACCGAGAGGAUCGAGAGAGGCACCAGGUCUGGUAGAUCGAAGUCCGGCAACAAGGAGAGCCUCGCGACCGCUCGCAAGAGCCAAGAUGCUGUCCUCUCCGAGUCCGAAAGCGUCAGAGUCGACGUUCCUCUGGCGCUGGAGGCGACCGAGCCUACGACAUCUUCUUCGGCGGCCUUUUCCCAGCAAACGACGUCAUACGUGGAAGCUGGAAAGCGAUCGGACACCAGAAGAGGACCGGAGAGGUCCAAGGGUCGCGGGAGGUCCUCCGGUCCCGGCAAUCCAGACUCCGUUUCCCCAACUCCGAGGAGCGGCAGAAGGGGAUCCUCCAAGUUCAACGAUCUCGGUACCACGGAGGCUGCCGAGCAGAACAUUUCCUGGAAGAAGAACGCGAUCUCCAGGGAUCGGUCCAGAGGAGCUGACGGUCGAAAGGGCUCGGAGAGGGCUAGAGCGAGGAGCAGAAGUUUCGAGAAUGCGGUGACGCCGGUCGCUUCGGAGAGAGACGCCAAGCGAAAGGCGCACGGAGAAAGAAACUUUGCGGAGAGGAGGAACAGAAUUUCCGAGGCGACGACCAGGUCCGCGGAUCAUCGCGGGCAGGAUCAAGAUGGCCGCAGAGGGAGGAACAGGUCCAGGGUGAACGCUACCACGCCGAUUCCUUCAACAGAUGCCGCGACAACAGCCUCGCCAGAGACGACAGUGGUCACCGAGGUGUUGACAACCUCCGACAACUCCGAGUCGCCUCAGCUUCUCUCCAGCACCACACCUAUACCAGCAACGUCGACCACCGCGAGUCCGAGGACAUUGACAACCACUCCGAGGCAGUCCUCGAGCACGAGUUCCGAAGGCGCCGGGCGAAACCGGACGAGAGGCAGAGGUGGUCAAGGAAGGGCGCAGACGAAAGAGGAUUUUUUCAACCACGGUCUAGGGUUCAGAGGUCGAAAGCCUUCGACCGAGGGGCCAGCGACGGGCAACGACGUUAGAAGACCCACGGCACAGAGGAACGAUACGCGGACCAACGGAAACCCGGGCUGGACUCUCAGGCGACGACCAGGUCACUCGAACAGCCUCGAAUCUCUACCGAGGGCGGCGGUGGUUCCGCAAGGCAGGGAUCAGACGAACGAAGUGAUCCCAUCGAACGAGCAGUCGACCAGCACCGAAAUCGUAACGUCCAUAGAAAGCUCGACCAGGCGAAGCUUCGAGAAGCCGCGGUCGAGCACCGAGGAGAGCACCGCAGCGGACAGCACGACCACCAACAGCCCCAGAAGAGGCGGCAAGGCCUUCGGAUUCGGCAAACCGUCGACGGACACCGAGGAGAGCGACAAUUACCCGCCGGAGUUCAAAGCCAGGCUGUCUCAGCUGAAGAUCUCGAAUACGAAAGCACCAGCCCCGAAAACCGUCCCUAGACCGCCAGUGGAGGAUCCACAGACGAGCGUCUUCGGUCGACGAUCGAGGACCAAAUCGAGGCUGAUCGAGCCCGACGACCUCGAUACAUCAGCCGCAGGAAAUCGAUAUUUCACGGAUCAAAGUUUAUUUGUGAACCCUCUAACGUUGAUAAAUGCCAGUGGAUCGCAACGCGUGAAGAAAUCGGCCUCGACCACGGCACUCUUCGCCGAAAGAUCGAGGCUCAAGCUGGACCUGGCUAGGAGGUUAGUGAAGCCAGAGUUGAACAUCGAGGAGAAUGAUCUCGACGCAACCACGGCCUCCUCCUCUUUCAGCAAACUGAAACCGAAACCGAAUCCAAGUCCGAAUCCGAAUCUGAAUCCGAAUCCGUAUCCGAAAGCGAAACCGACCGACGGGACGAGCAAGCUGCCCGAGUUCGCCAAGCCUGGCCCGCCGGGUCGCAGAGCUUCCACAGAGAGCUCGCAGGAAGACCAAGCGAAGUCCUCGGAGCUUACCGGGCCGAGGAACGGUCUCGAGGAUCCUUCGAAGAUCGCCUCUAGGCCUACCGGCGCCAAGAAAGGGAAGAUCAUAGCCGAGAGGAUGGUCACUUCGAUCUCGGUCGAGGAGAGGGUGGAGGACACCACGAAACCCUUCCGGCCAGGCCCCUCCUCCGCCCUCACCGUUUCCACGAAGGAAGCGUCGGCUACCACUCAGGACACUGCCAAGGUCCAUCCGACCAGCCGCGGUACCAAACGAUCCAAGGAAGAAGGCUCGCCGAUCGGCAAGAACGCCAGAACCUACGACCACAUCACCACCUUCAAGCCCAAGAAAGCGUACGCCUAUCGGUCGCGCGGUAGAAACACUCAGGAGCAAUCAGCGACCCCCGUCCCCGACCCUACCACCGCAACCACCGGCAAGACCCUAACGAAGGGGACCACCAAGCUGACCUCGAGACAAAAGCUGUCGGACGGCCCCAGCGAAGAGAUCGUCGCGAAGAAGUCAAAGUUCAUCGAGAGCGCUACCAAGCCCACCUUCCGGCCCCGGUACAGCAAGAAUCCCAAGGACCGGACCACGGCAGAGAAGGCGGAGUACCAGGGCCCGACGAAGCUUCCGCUGGCCACCAGCAGAUACUCGAGGAAAAAAGCCGCCGUGAAGACCACGGAAUCGAAGCCGAAGCCGACCAGCACCGAGAGACCAGCCACGCAGACCAAGAAGCUCGAGUUCAGGCCCAGAACCGCUACCUAUAGGAGGCACUCCGAUGUCCCGACCACGGCGGUAGAGUCGACCACCAGAGUCGAGAGCACCGGAGUCGCCAUCACUCCGCGAUCGCCCAAGUACACCGCCGCGCCGAUGACGUCCGCCGCGCCGGCUCCAUCGGUAUCGCAGGAACCCCAGCUGAACCUGAUGAUCGCGAACGAUACGCGGCAGCCGAACGAUACUGGCAUUACCGGCAGCAGCAACGGCGACAGCGGCAACACGAACAUCUUCAACCCAACCAGAACCGCGUAUAUCACCGCGAGCAACGCCUCGCUGCUCGAACAGCUGCGAAGCACCGUGGCGCCGCUGCUUAACUCGCUUGGUAACAAGACGCCGGUGUUCUCCAGCGCUUACAGUAACGUUAACAACGCGAAUUCGGGUCCUAGGAUCACACCGAGCGGAUCGCCGCCGCGAUUCAGUGCGAGAUACAAGGGCGCCGAAUUGUUUGUCAGGAAGCAGAACAACGGCUACCAGCCCACCGUGCCAUCGAUCACCAGCUCGUCCACCACUCCAGUGACCCCUGUAGAGAACUCCGGUUCGGCACCACCGAUCGAAGUCUCGAGCCCCGGGGAACCGCGAUUCUUGACCCUCUAUCAAGCGGUGGAGUCCGCUAGCAUCAGGAACGAACAGUUACAGGGCGUACAGCAGCCGAUACAAGUUAACGGGGUUCCCCAGGUAGACUCUAACGCCCCAGUCGUUAACGUCACCGGCAAUAAUCCUAACAAUGACACCACAAGCCCCGCGGUCUCGACCACCAGCGAUACAACACAGACCCCAGACACAACCACGGUUCAGGAUAGCACUUUGAUCCCGAGAUUAGGCGAAGAACCACCGGCGAGCUCCACCACCCCCGUGGCUACCACGGCGGCCCCCGAAAACCUUUCGACGACCGAGCAGCCCUCCACGGGCACGGAAUCGUCCUCCAGUACCGAACAAGCCUCCACGAGCACGGUACCUUCCUCCACCGACGAUCAAACGAUCACAGAGUCGUCCUCCACCACGGAGCAGGUUCCCACGAGCACAGAACCGUCCACGAUAUCCACCGGCGCUCCGCCAUUGCCCACGCAAUCCGAACCAUCCACCACCGAGUCCACCACCAUGGAAACGUCGACGGCAGUACCGUUAGACGAUACCGCGGUGGCGAGGAUUCUAGGGAACAUAGCGAAACCUUUCGUUGGCCCCACCACCGCCGGCUACCUGCCCCUGAGUGGCAGCACCGAGCUCUACGGCAGAGUGCCGACCACGCUUUCGACAGAAUCCCCGGCGACCACCGCUGAAACGACCGUCGUCCCGAGUACCACCGACGCAACGACUUCCGAGAACGUAGAGAGUAACACCAUCGAGCUGUCCGAGUCAACUUCGACCCAGUCCAGUACGACCGAGCCUACCACCACGGAGGCGGUCUCGAACAAUCUGAUCGACGCGGAGACGACCACUGCGACGAUCGCGGUGUCCACGGUUCGAAACAGAUUGAUAGACUUCGCGCAGGACAUUCUCUCCCGCCUGCAGGCGAGCCUGAACACGACCACGGUUCCUCCGCAAGACGCGGCUACCACGAUAACCCCCAUCCCGGAUAUAUCGAACGCGAUUCUGGACUCGGGCAGCCGGAUGAGCACUCUGGAGGUUCUGGCGCAGCUGAGGGGGACCGAGACGACCACCGCCCAAAGGGACUCGGAAACGACCACCCAGGCCACCACCACGGAGCAACCGGACGCGUCGUCGACGAGCAACCGAGACGCUGCACAGAGCGCAGUAGGUUCAGUAACAACCCCGUCGCCUGCGACCGCGACCGCGACUACGACCGCGACCGAGACCGAGACCGAGACCGACAGGUCCGACUCGGUGGUAUCCACCCAGGCAGCGCAGGAUCAAACCGAUCCGGUCACCGCGGCAAAUCCACCGGCAACGACGACACAAGACCCCCGAACGACCGUCCUCGACGAUCCCAGGGAGCCGACCGGCUCGAUGCCGGAGACAACCACCCAGGUGGUUGUUUCCACCUCUGACACGCUACUAACCGAAUUAAUGUCCAUCGCCAAGACACUAAUCUCGGAACAGAUGAACGAGACCAGACUGUCCGUCGAAAGCUCGAACGGCGACGCUACUACCACCCAAGCCGCAGAAACGUCGUCGACAACCCCGGAGGUUGCGACGGUGACCCCAGAGCCGGUGACGCCGGCCGCCGCGCCGGAAUUAACCACCGUUUCCCCGUUGACCACCGUUGACCCCGCCCGGAACGAAGUGGAUUCCGUAGAAUCUACGAGCGCUAUGCCCGCGGAGAGUUCCUCGGACUCGGCUGCGACCACUACCCCGCAGAGUAGCCCACCCGACAGCGAGGUAGAAACCGUGCCGACGAGCCAAACGUUAGAGGCUCCGGCCGAGGGCGUACCGUCGACCACCCCGUCGCUCGCGGCAGACACAACGACACAAACAACACAGACUGCGGCUACACGAACCUCGGACGCGACGGUCGCGACAACCGCGAACGCGGAUGAUCCUACGACGCCCGCCACGAUCGCGACGACGGAGACCGAAACGACGCUCGGACCGGUCACGGAAGUAGCUCCCACGGAAACUGUAGCACCAUUAACCGAGUCGCCGACGACUCAGCCUGGUGUGGACGCUAGCACUAACCAGCCCGAAGCAGCUACCACGGUUGCGGUUCCCAUAUCCAUCCUCUCCCGUGUAAAUACGGUUACCAGUACACCGUCGACAUCCUCCGAGUCUAACGCCGUCGAGCAAACCACGGUGGUACCGCCUGCCGCGCCGACGACAACGCCGAAUGUUGAUUCGACGGAUGUCGCUGGGGUCGCUACUAACCAACAAACGUCCGCUCUAACGUCCACCACGAUGGCCCCGACGGAGGCCACCGCUAACUUGCCCGAUCAAACGACAAACGUCGACUCCCAAACGACCCCGAGCCUCGACAACGAAACUCCAACUGUUGCCCGUUUCCAGGAUACGACAUCGGCAACCGCCCAAGGGACGGCUGGUUCGGGAAUCGGCCAAACGACCGAGAUCGUCCCCACGACCACACCCGCAGUGCCAUCGUCCUCUCGAUCCCUUUCUUCAUCCUCCUCCACCGUUACGACCGCGACACCGACGACCACGACCGAGACACCGACGUCGACCGAAUCUAGUACGCAGACUACCACGAUAACGACCACGACGACGACGACGACGACGAUGAGCACGGAGGUCUUCACCGUGACGCCGGUUACCGAGACGACGACGACCACCGUCGACGUAAACGAGAACCUCGUGUCGACCGAGGCCACGCCGGGAACCACCACGAUCGCGCCUGGAACCGCGAGCCCGCCGCCUGGGACCACGAACGUACCGGGUGCAGCACCUGGAAACGCCAGCGUUUCUGUUCCCGUUCCUGUUCCUGUUCCUAUCGGAGCUAGAAUAGCCGCAUCGGAUGGAGGGUCGACGACCGCCGGACCGACCGCGCCGUAUCUGGGACGGUUCGGCGCGAGCAGAUUGACGCCCGCGCCACGUUUCAGCCUGAGCUCGACCACCAGGGCUCCGCUCCGCGAUUACUUGAUCUACGGGAUCUAUCCGAACAAAACGAUCGUUCGGAAACGGCCGGAAGACAACCUGAUCGACGCCAGGAACGUGGACAGCCCGUACGUGAUAUUCGGUAUCUUCCCGGACGGCAGGCUGGUCCGGAAAUUCCCGAACGGAACGAUUAUACCGGAUCCACCUAGGAACCCGGUCGAGGUUGUGUUCUCACUUAGCACUUCCACUACCACUACCACUAACAGGCCACCGCCCAGACCGUAUUAUAACCAGGCUAACCAAGGCGCUUACAAUCGGUAUCAAGGCCCGGUCUACAGUAAUAACCGUAGACCCGAGCCGAUGGGAAACGUCGGAAGCCCUGGCACCGUUGAUCUUGGCCUUACUGGUAACGCGAUCGUCGGCCCCAAUGGAGGUGGACCCGAUCUCACGGGGCCACUUGGUACCCCUGCUAGCGUCCCGACCGUCGACCAAAUGAGCGAUGCUCCAUUGAAUACGCAAAUGGGGACAACGUCGGGCGCGAUGUCUGCGAAUGCUGGUCGGCUGACGCCGAUAGUAAGUACCGGUCGACCGCCGACCGAUUCGCAGGGCGGUCGUAUCGUCCAAGAUCGAGAGAGGGACGAGGCCACCAGGACGAAAGAGGCCGGAGGUCAACGCAGCUCCGUGUACAUCGGACAGGAUAAGUUCGUCAACUAUUGGACCGACGAGGCUUCCACCACGAACCCGCGCGUUGUCAGUGUAAAUAUCAAUUCGGUAGCUACUGCAACGAAUCAAGGUCGAGAUCCGUCGCCGCCCGUGCCGUCGUUCAACAAUCUCUUGAGCAACGAACCCAACGGACGAGUGACGGCUCCUCCCGGAUUCCCAUGGAGGGAUCCACUGGAUCAGAUUUUCGGGAUCACGACCUCCUCGCCGGUGAUCACGGCUUCCGUCGCUUCCAACACGCUGGAUGACUCGGCGGACACGCCGGCCGCGCAGCCCGUCAAUCCAUUCGUCGAAAUCUUCACGCCGUUUACCAGCGCGAUCGCAAACUUUGUGUCCUCCGCUCGGCCAACGGCCAGACCGUCGACAACGGCAGCGAUGCCGACCGGAACUGUUGCCACAACGACGCCGGCUCCCACUACAACCGCUCCUACGACCACAACGGCGCCGACCACAACAACAACGGUGCCAACCACAACAACAACUUCGACCACCACCACAACAACAACGACGACAACUUCGACAACGACUACGAUGGCUCCAGCAACGACGAGACCACCGGUCACUACCACGCCGCAGCCAGCAACUAAUCCCGCGCCUUGGGUGACGGUCACACCUUCCCCUACCGUCACACCCGCGCAACAGCCGAAUUUCGUGACGCCUCCGUUCAACCUGCGGAGCAACUUGUUGCCGAACAUGCAGCAGAACGCGUUCGGCUCGACGUUCGACGACCUGGCCUUCCUGAAUUCGCUGCUGCAGAGCAACACCAGAGCCAGCACCACCCCGAAGACUCUUACGCAAGUCGAGCAGCUGUUGGCGAACAAGAUCCUGUCGCUGGCGCUGAGCAAUAAUAAUCCGGGACCCACCAGAGCUCCGAAGGCAAUCAUCGCCGAGAACGCGUCACCGAAUUCGAUCGGAUCUUUCGCGAAACCGUCCUCGGGCCCGAUAGUGAUCGACUUGCUGCCGUCAUCGACGGCAACGACGCCGACGCGGAGGCCACUGACAACGCCGCAACAACCCCUGAGGGACGUGCCGCCGGUGACCAACAAUUUGGUGGAUCGAACAACGGGACGACCGAUUUCCUCGACGACCGGGAGGGUUGGUUCAGAAGCAAUCGUAUCGUCGCCGAGUUCGAUAAGCACGACGAAGGCUCCGGUGGCCGUCGCGGCAAAGACGUCGACCACUCAGCGACCUAGGACCACUACCCAGCCGGCCGUGGGCCUUGGUGCGAGUUUGUGGCAAGCGCUGUUCGGCGGUGGACUGUUCGGACCGACUACCACUCCCAGACCGUCGAAACCGAAACCGGCAACCCCCGCAGAACCCGCGCAGUCGGCCUCGGUCAGCAUCACCCCGAGGCCGGUAACAACCACGCGGAAGCCUCAGGUCACCCAGGCGUCGGUCCCCGCGACGUUCAGGAGCGUGGACAUUUCGCAGGUCGUAGCGAGCACGCCCAAUUCGAUCGCAAAGCAGGCGAAAUCGGCGACCACACCCGGCCCGAUGUCCCCUAGCAAGCAGUCGCCGGUAACCAAUCCGAAACCGAGACCCGCCAAGGCUGAGACGUCCACGUUCUCGCCCGAAGAGGAUGCCAAGUUCUUGGCCGAGCUGCUGCGCGCUGUUCAGAACGAUAACAAAGCCAGCGCCUCGAAGAAGCCAUCGGGCCUGCAGCAGGUCGACGAAUCGUUCCUGAGGGCGAUAUUAACCGGCCGAGCUUUCACGACGACAACCGCGGCGCCGUCGAAUGAAAUCAGCAACGCCGCCUUGUUGGCGGCGCUGUUGAAGGCCCAAGGCAUAGAACCGUCGACUCCUGCGACCAAGAUUAGAGAGCAACUAUUGUUAGCCAGCGUCGGCGAGGGCGUCGGCUUAGCCCCGACCGCAUCCCCAACUGCCGUGUCAACGACAGUUACGGUUACGACGGGGCAGGCGUCGACUGGAACGUCGUCCGCAACAACUGCAACUCGACCUACGGACACCACGAAAAAGACGGUGACACCGAGCCCGAGACCGAGGAUACGCACGACAACGUGGUCGCCGAGCUCGACGUACCCGCCCCCCCUCUUCAGUUCCUUCUCGAAUUACGGUACCCCGGCGCAGUCGUCCGGCGGCGAUGAUUCUGGAAGCGGCGCGUUAUUCGGCGCUACUAGAGCGUUCAGUCAGCUUCUUGGUGCCGCGAUAAGUGGAGCGGCGCAACAGUUGCAGUCCUUAGUCAGAAACGGAACUCGAAUCGUGUCCGAAGCGGUGGGGUAAACUGGACCACAGGGAAAAGAAAAUUUUAAUAUAAUCCGUAGUGUAAGCGACGAUCUUGCGAACGUGAUAAUUUGAAAAUGGCGUGAGCACGCUCCACGUUUCGGAAUAAUCCGGUGGUAGCGACCGUAUAUCGAUGAUUUUAAACGAAUCUUUAACGAGAGAUUUCCAGGUGUUUACUCGAUGUCGUAGGAAGAGCUUCCCAAAACAUCUUUCUUAUUUCUGUAUAGAUCGUAGUGUUACGCGUAUAGUUUACGCUCGAACAUGUUCGGCGGCUCAUUCGAGUACGGAACUUUCUUUUCAUCGAUCUGUAGAUAGUAACGAGCUUUCGUUUUAAGCGCGAUUCGAUCCUCGAUCCUCAAAACACGGUGGAUCCGCUUUAGAUCUUGUUCGUCAAAUACGCGCGCGCGCGCGUGUGUGUGUGUGCGCGAGCGCGUUUCGAGAACUGCAGAAAAAUCGGGGAGCAAUUCGCGUUCGCGCGUGCAACUCGAGAAACGCUCGAAGUCCGCUGUUAAUGUAACUCCAGCCGUUUCUCCGGUGAUCAGACAGAGACGUUGCAUCAGGCUCCGUGUUUUAAGGGCGAGACAACGAAGGUCGACGACGGGGUUCUUCAGCGUUUCGAGGAUCGAUCGGAGAUCGACGCUUUGCAAAUGUUUCUGGGGUACCGGUGUACCGGGCUGCCUGCCGGGCUGCCGGGAUCGGCUCGGCCGGGCCACGUACCGGCUGAGACAUUUGUAACGUUCGUCGCAAUUAAGGUAAUUAAUCGAGAGACGGUGACGAUUCGCGUGCGUUCCGUGUGAAACCGGGGGGACUCGACGCGGGGCCCACCCACAAGGAUCGAUCCGACGACGAACUCUUUGUCGAUGUUGCUAAGAAAGCUGGUUAGUUUCGAGUGUCUCUGAAUGGACGCGAGAAUGGGACUGUGUGCGUGCGUGCGUGUGAGCAAGUUUGCGCGCGGGAGGAAGAGAGAAGCAGUGUGUGUGUGCGAGAGCGAGAGAGAGAGAGAGAGAGGGAAAAAAGAAUCGAGAGUCGCGAGGGUGGCGAUUCGACAGCGACGCGUCAACGGAGAGCAUUGUGUACACUUAUAGAGCGAAGCGCGCAGCUCGACCAUCGGUGCGCCGUGUUCCUUUUUUUUCUUUUUUAUAUAAUGCAGCCGGAGAGGUGUGCAGUGUGUAGGGCGCGCAAGGGUCCUCGGUGUCUUGUUUGUCUUUCGUUCGCGCGGAUGGUAGCUCGGUAAUAAGGAUAGCGCCGUGUAAUAAGCUCGGCGACUUAACGAGCACGAGCCGAGGCUUGAAAAACGUCGACGGCGUUUUGUUCUUCCUGUUUGUCUCCGUGGAUAUAGCGAUACAGCGUUAUUGUACGGCCGCGCAGGUGUUCGUCCGUCUCUUCUUCUUCGGGAGAUAACGCGACCGGGGCUCGCGAGGAGCUCCGUUGACGAUUGUCGAACGACGCGAAUAGUCUCGUAAGUCCCCAUUUCGUUUUCGAUUUGGCGCGCCGACACGGUCCGGCGUGCCGCUAUUUAUAAACGACAAAUAAACUUAUUGGGAUCCGCAGGACCACGA